AUGGCGCAGACAGCUGCCGAGUGGAAAGCGAAAGGAAAUGCAGCAUUAAGCGCUGGGAAUCCAAACGAAGCCGUUGAAUGCUACACUCAAGCAAUUGCGUUAGAUCCAACGGAUCAUGUCUUUUAUUCCAACCGUUCAGCGGCGUAUCUUUCGCUUGAUGAUGCUACACAUGCUUUAGAAGAUGCGGAAUCGUGUAUUAAGUUAAAACCCGAUUGGCCCAAGGCUUAUACUCGCAAGGGUGCAGCACUUCACGCAUUAAAACGCUAUGAUGAUGCUACAUCUGCGUAUACUGCUGGUUUACAAAUUGAUGCUGGUAAUACUGCAUGUUUAAAUGGGAUUGAAGAGGUGAAGAAGGCACAAACAGCGUCGUCAAGGACAUUCAAUCCACUAGCUAAUGCUUUUGGACCUGAUAUGUUUGGAAAGAUUGCAACAAAUCCUCGUUUAUCACCAAUGUUAAGUGAUCCUGCAUUUGUUAAGAUUUUACAAGAGAUUCAACGUGAUCCUUCGAAGAUUAAUCAGCAUAUUCAAGAUACACGCAUUAUGACAGUUUUAGGUGAAUUGAUGGGUUUGAAUUUGAACAUGUCGGGUACAGAUGAUGUUGAAAUGGCUGAACCUAAAAAAACAGAGACACCACCUGUACCCGAGCCAACACCAAUGGAAGAAGAAUUAACGGACGAAGAAAAAGCAGAACGAGCGAUUAAAAGAGCGGCAGAAGAAGCGAAAGGACGAGGCAAUGAGUUUUACAAACUCAAAAAGUUCUCAGAAGCUAUCGAGUGUUACAAUGAAGCUAUUGCGAAAGAUAGCACGAAUAUAUCGUAUUAUAGCAACUUGGCUGCUGUUAAACUCGAGAUGGGACAAUUGGAUGCAUGUAUUGAAGAUUGCAGAAAAGCGAUUGAGAUUGGACGUGCACAUCGUGCUGAUUAUGCGCUGAUAGCUAAAGCUUAUGUUCGCAUUGGCAAUGCGCAUUUAAAAAAGGGCGAAACAGAAGAGAAUUUAGAAGCAGCGAUCAAUGCUUAUGAAGGUGCUCAGAUGGAGAAUCGUACGAAAGAUGUGGAACGAAAGAUUAAGACGUUGCAUGUGAAGCUUCGAAAGGCGAAGGAAUUGGCGUAUAUUGAUCCGGAAAAAGCGUUGGCAGCCAAGAAUGAAGGCAAUGACUUUUUCAAAAACGGCGAGUUUCCACAAGCUGUUGAACGCUACACUGAAGCCAUCAAACGCGAUCCAUCCUGUGCUGUAUAUUAUGCGAAUCGUGCGGCUGCAUACACGAAAUUGACGUCAUUUAAUGAGGCGAAAAAGGAUUGUGAAAAAGCCAUUGAACUUGAUCCGAAGUAUGUCAAGGCUUACUCGCGCAUGGGUGCAAUUCAAUGCUUUAUGAAAGAGUUUCAUAAAGCUCGUGAGAGUUACGAAAAAGGAUUGGCAUUGGACUCAAGUAAUCAAGAAUGCAUUGACGGAUUGCGUAAUGUCAUGUAUAAAAUUCAAAGUGGUGAGACUGAUGAAGAGCGUGCACGUCAUGGUAUGGCUGAUCCUGAAAUUCAAGCAAUUUUACGUGAUCCAGUCAUGCAAAAUGUCUUGAAUGAUUUUCAAACGGACCCAGCAAGCGCUCAACGUCACUUGCAGAAUCCAGGAAUCAUGGCGAAGAUUGAAAAGUUAAUUGCUGCGGGAGUCUUGCAGACGAAGUAG